AUGUCUUCCAACCACAUCCUCAUCAUCGGCGCAGGCUCUCUGGGUGCCUUCUUCGCAUCUCGCUUCGCAAGCACAGGAGCAAAAGUUUCAGUACUAUGCCGCUCAAACUUCCAAGCAGUACAAGCCUCAGGCCUCAAAGUCACAAGCUCAACAUUCCCCGAACAAACCAUUCAACCAACCUACACAUUCUCCAGCCGCCAUCACGCCCUAGAAUCCAAACACAAAGAUAGAAUCUCCUGGACCUACAUCUUCAUCGCCACAAAAGUCAUCCCCGAAGCAGGCGACCCAAGCGUACUCCUCGAAGGCCUCCUCGACGAAACCUCAACCAUAGUCCUGAUCCAAAACGGCCUGGACAUAGAAGAACCCUACCGGCAACGAUUCCCUCAAACCCCAAUCAUCAGCGCCGUAACCCGAGCCUCGUGCGCAAAAAUCUCUCCCACACACAUCCAACAUAAAAAUUGGACCCGAACAACACUCGGCCCUUACGCACCCGAUGGCGAGAAGAAGCACGCAGAACAACGAACCUCCGAGUUCGCAAAACUUUUACAAAAUUCCGGGAUCCCGGAUGUAGAUCUCCUCGACCACACCGGCAUGCAAUUCGCCCGCUGGCACAAAACCGGGAUCAACGCCGCCAUGAAUCCCACCUCCUGUUUGUGUUUGGGUCCGACCAACCAAACCAUGUCUUUAGAUCCCGAAAUCUAUAUCCAUCAGACAAACGUCAUGCGGGAAAUUCUCACCGCCGCAGAGAAGUGCUUGGGACAGCCUGUCCCGCGGGAUUUGAAUUUGCCGGAUGUGGAUUGGGUGUUUUUGAAUGCGAGGGAGGAUGGGAGUGGGAGUCAACCGAGUAUGUGGAGUGAUUGGGAAGCUGGGAGGGGGGUGGAGGUGGAGGUUAUUCUGGGGAAUGCGGUGAGGAGGGGGAGGGAGGUGGGGGUUGAGAUGCCGAGGACGCAGACGCUUUAUGCGUUGUUGAGGAUGGCGGUGGAGAUGAGGGAUCGGGGCAAUGGGAAUUGAAGCGUUACAUUAUUAUUAUAAUUCUAUCAUUCGAUUACUACCCG